AUGCCGAAACCCACCCCCGUGGAGGACCUCAUAAUACCCCCGCAAGACCAAAAAAUAUGCGGGACCAUAUGCGUCUGCCAAAUGACGGCCAUACUAAGCUGCGUCGCGAUUGUAUACCUCACCGUUGCUAUCUACAUGCCAUACACAAGAGCGAUUGCCUCGGGAAUCGACCCGACUCCGAUUAUGUGCACAACGACGAGGGCUGUUAACAAAGAGAAUUGUGAUUGGGGCUCGUGUGGGGAAUGGUGCUUGAGCAAAACCUCGGGCGCCUGCAUCCAGAUCUACGUCAACCUAAGGAAGAACGGCUCUUCGUUAUUACUAUCCGAAUGUGGUAGUGCUGCAAAUAAAACCUGCUACGGCAUAGACCAAGAGAACGCCAAAAAGUAUCAUUGUAUACGAGACGAAUGCAGAAAUCUGACUGGAACGUUCAAUUGCACGGAAGGAAAAUGUAUAAACAUAACUGACGCGUUUGAAUGCGCCUUUAGAGAUACAGAUCCUCCCUUGAAGUGUUCAGGUAGACGAGGAAAAAUAACUUGUAUAGAUGUUCACGGAUUAUUUUCAUGUAGUAGAGGCACUUGUAGAAAAAUAAGAACACCAUACAACUGUGACAGGCGCUGUGUUGACAUCCCUACUCGUAACAAGAACGUCAUAGUAUUGAGCGGUGACAGAGUCUUCCUAGCAAAAUGUGCUAAAUUGGCCCAAGAGGAUGGUGGUAAUGUAGUUUGGACUGACUCAGGAGAAGAAGUUUUAAUGUUGUCUUGUCAUGCAGUUCAUAAUGGCUCAUCAGGAGUCGUAGCUGUAGAUUGUAUUAACGCGGCUUUGUUGCCCCGAACUGAAAUAUCGGAUCUAACAAAUUUUACAUAUUUACAAUAUUUAUAUACCUCAAAAGCAACACCUAAUAGACUUAUUGCUCCGUCUGAAGUGGAGUUAACAUUAGCUAAUGACAGUAGAUUGAUGAUAAAUCUCGAAGGAUGUGUCAAUACACUUGCUGAUGAAUGUAAAGAAUUCUUAAAAGAUUACGGACGUGAUGGUACCGACCACAACGCUAAAGCCAGAUUCCCCUGCUUUUAUACAGAGAGCAAUCCAGACACCGUGGUAGCGAGAUUUGAUUUGGACGCCACCUAUCGACAAUUCAUAGUAGCUUUAAUACUCCCGACAGUUCUAAUUGUAGUUUCGUGUAUAACUUUAAUGUUGUGUCAAAAGACUGUUGAAGUGGGAGAUGAUGCAAAGAUGCGAAUCAAGGGUUGCGGGAGUGGACAAGCUGAUAUGCAACUAUCUCCGAACGAUCCUGUAUCUCCCCUCUGA